AUGGCCCGCCUCGCGCCGCGGGUCGAGUACCUGGCGGGCUUCCGCUGCCCGCUCGGGGGCCUGGCGGCGGGCAGGCCCCGGCUGCUGUGCCGCGGCGCGGACAUCCUCCUGUCCCCCGGGGGCGAGCUGCUCCACGUCUACGACCGCGAGGCCGGGCUGCUGACGGCUGCGUACAGGUUUCCCGCCCAGGUGUGGCACCUGCAGCUGCUGGCCGGUCACAGGGCACUCUUGGUCCUGUGUGCCCAGAGGGGCAUUUACUGCCUGUCGCUGGAGCAGGCUGGCAGGACCGUGCACCGGGACGGCAGGGACAGCGAGAGCCCGGCCCCUGUGGUCGCCGUGGAGCCCGACGCCUGUGUCCUCGCGGACGCCACGCUGUGCGCCUUCGCCGUGCUGGACCACACGCUGGCCGUCCUGGGGCAGGGCCCCGCCCGGUGGAGGCUGCAGCUGUUCCACUGCCCCUGCCCCCGGGGGGCCCCCAGCCUAGGAGGCCAGAUUGGGGAAGUGGAGCUGCCUCCUCAGGCCCCUCCAGGCGGGAGCCCGGGACAGCCCCCCGCCCCCGGCUUCCUCCCGGUGCUGUGCUGCGUGUCACCGCCAGGGCAGAGCAGUGGGGGCUUCACGCUGGAAGAGCCCCUCUUCGGGUUGCUCUUUGGAGCCGAUGCCUCCAUCCUGCAGUCUCCCGUGAUCCUCUGCGGUCUCCCUGAUGGCCAGCUGUGUUAUGUGGUCCUGAAGGCCUUGGUCACCUCCAGGUUGACCCCUGGUGACCCCAAGGCCCUCGUCAAGAUCCUCCACCACCUGGAGGAGCCUGUGGUCUUCGUGGGGGCCCUGAGGACAGAGCCACAGGCUGAGGACACGGGGGACAUGCACUCUGACUGCCUAGUGGCCCUUGGUCACCACGGCCGGAUGCUGGCCGUCAAGGCCAGAAGGGACGCGGGUGGGGGACCGGUGCCAGAGCUGCGGGACUAUUGCCUCCCGGGGCCAGUGCUUUGCGCCGCCAGCGGGGGCAGCUGCCUGUACCAGAGCACCCCGUCGGGCCUCCAUGUGCUGGACCUGGCUCGGGGCGGCAGCCCCCAGGAGCCCACCCUGCCCACCCCAGGCCGGGGAGUCCUGCCCCCCAUGCUGUGUCCGGCCAGCUUGAGCGUCUGCAGCCUCAUGAGCCUCUGCGUGCCGCCUGGGACUCGCGAAGACGGCACGGAGCUCCUGGCCAUGUCGGCCAAGGGCCGCCUGCUCACCUGCCACCUGGCCCCGAGCCCCUCAGGAGCAGCCGCGGCCAGCACUGACCGGAAGAUCGCUGGCCUGCUCGCCAGGGUGGCCGCCACGUCUGAGAGGGCGUCUUCUCUGCGGAAGGCCCUGGACCAGCGGAGCCAGGCCUUGGCGCGCCUCAACGAAGCCAUGAGCGUGAGCUGCGCCCUGCUGUCCACCCGCGCCGGCCCCCCGCCCAUCUCCUGCAGCACCACCACCGCCUGGCAUCGCCUGCACCCGCGCGACGUGCUGGUGGCCACCUGCCAGCUGGAGAACCGCAGCAGCCUCUGCCUGGGCCCCGGCUGGGCCCUGUGUGUGCGGCUGCUGCCCCCCAUCCCCUCAACCGGCCCCACCCUCACCUGCACCGUCCCCCUGGGCCGGUUCGGGCCUGGCGGGCAGCGGGAGGUGACGCUGCCCCUGGGCCCUGGCAAGGAUGGUGCGCUGGACCUGCCGGUGACGGUGUCCUGCACGCUUUUCUACAGCCUGAGGGAGGCCAUGGGCGGGCCCCCCGGACCCCAGGACCCCCCCGGCUGCCCGCCUGAGCAGGACGGCGUCUGCCUGCCCCUGAGCGAGCACACGGUGGACCUGCUGCAGGGCCUGCGCUUCCCCGGCCUGGCCGAGCCCCCCGCGCCAGUCCCCAGUCUGCUUGGCCCUGCUGGCGACCCCGUGGAUGCCUUCCUGGGCACGUGCCGCGGGCCGGGCCUGGAGCCAGCGGGACCCGCCCCCCUGCGGGCCACGUUCCUGCUCCCACCAGCAGCCAGCAUCAGGGUGUCGGCCGAGCUGCUCGGGGGCGCCUUGGGGGACAUCGGCGCAGGGGCGCCCCUGUGCUGUGCUGCCCUGCAGUGGCUGCUGGCCGGGAAUGCUGCCGCCGACGUCGUGCGGGCCCAGGCGCUGUCCUCUGUCCAGGGCGUGGGCCCCGACGGCACUGACGUCCACCUCGCCGUCCGUGAGGAGACGCUGUCGGGCCUGAACCCGGCGGGCCCCAUCCAGGCCGUGGACAUCCAGGUGCAGAGCCCCACCCUGGGGCACGUGUGCGGGGCCCACCACGCCAUCCUCCGGCGGGUGCAGGCCCUGGUGGCGGAGCAGGCUGCCCGGGGCGCCUGCCCACCGGAUCUCGACCUGCAGCGCCUACACCAGUUGCAGGCCGACCGCGAGAGGCUGCUGCGCGAGGUGCGGACGCUGCGUGACCGGCUGUGCACGGAGGACGGGGCCGCGGACGGGGCAGGCACCGUGGCCCAGCGGCUCCUGCGGGUCUACCAGCAGCUGCGCAGCCCGGGCCUCCCCCUGCUGUGAGCCAGCAGCUGCCAGGGCCUCUGCGCUGGACCUGGACCUGC